GAUCAAGCGAUAUAAAGUAUCUACUUCCCACGUGUGAAAAACAUAAAGAAAAACAAUAAUUGUUUUCAUGUUGGAAUUUUUUUCUAUGCAAUUUGUGUAAAAGAGUAUCGACUUCAUUGUGCGUGUUUUUGAAAGCGAGAUGGAUGACGAGAGAUCUGCAACUCCCCAAUCCAUUUCCAGCAACGAUGGAGUAGAAACAAUUGAGUUAACCUUGCCAGAUAAAAUAUCUCCCAAUAGCAACAACAGUCCAUGCUCAGAUAAACAAGAAAGACUUGUGAAGGAGUCAACAAGCAGGUCAGCUAGAGGAAAAAAACGUAAAAAAGCUCUGAAAGAUAGCAAUGCUCCCAAGGCACCUUUAACUGGCUAUGUCCGUUUUCUAAAUGAACAUCGUGAAAAAGUACGACAGGGAAGGCCUGACUUGCCUUUCUAUGAGAUAACAAAAAUUUUGGGAACCAUGUGGAGUCAACUACCACAAGAACAGAAACAGUGUUAUUUGAAUGAAGCAGAAAAAGACAAAGAAAGAUAUAGUAAAGAAUUGGUAGAAUAUCAACAAACUGAUGCUUAUAAAUCAUUUGUUGCAAAACAAGAGAAAGAACGUGAACAAGAAAAUUCAAAUAACCAAAACUCUGCUAGCACUGGGAACAAAUCCCACACAAAUGAUAAAGACAAACAUGUUGAACCUGAGCAUAACAGUGUUAAGACUGAAAAAAAUCUAAAGGAGAGAAAAUCCUUUUCUGUUGAACUUGAAGAAAGCACAUUUGACAUACCAAUCUUUACAGAAGAGUUCCUUAACUACAACAGAAGUUGUGAGGCAGAGCUGCGUAAACUGGGUGAUUUAAGAAAGGCAAACAGUGAUUAUGAAGAACAAAAUGCCAUGUUAAGCAAACACAUAGAUAACAUGAGGACAGCUAUUGAUAAACUAGAAGAUGAAGUGAGAAAAUCAGAAGAAGAAAAAAAGAAACUGCAAAAUAACCUAAUUGAUAUUCAGCAAAUACUGAGUCAAAGUUUAUCCAGUAUAUGUCUACCUCAAGCUAGUUGUUCUCCCAAUGAAGAUACUAUUGAAGAGUUUGUCGAAGAACUGUUAAAAUUAUUUGAGAAUCCUUCUUUAUACGAAGAAAUAAUUUGUCAACUAAAAUCUGCUCUUGGCGAGGUACAAAUACCAGAUUGAAUGCCUUCACUGCGCUGGUGGAAAGUACCAUUGUCUUCUUAAAGAAAGUCGUCUUAAAGGUGCUGUGAAAGGUUUAUUCUUCUAGGUUGAGUUAUCAUUGUAUUUCCAACAAAGUUGAAACAAGGAUAGUUCAAAAUCCACAAUGAUUUAUUAAAACAUAGUCGUCUGUGAGUUGCUACUCAUUUGAGAUGUGCGAUCGAUAUUUUUUUGCUUUUGGAAGGCGUUGCUGUAUUGUCAAAACGUUAUGUAGUGUGGUAUUUAAGAUAAAAACGUUAAGACAAAAUAUUAUGUACAACUUUCUUGCAUUGUCAUAACUACACUUUUUACGUAACAUUGAGAAAGAUAAAAUAUUCUUUAGCAUCUUGAUGACUGUUGCUUCAAACUUUCAAAGGGAAAUUAAUCAAUCUCCUAGAACAAUAUAGAAUAAAAAUUACAAUUGCUCUUA